AACUUCAGAGACCAACAGAAAACUGGGCAAAGAACGAAGGCACCUCGAAACCAAGCCUGGCCAUGAUGAGACCAUCUGACUGACUGCGCCAUUAAAAGUUUCUAAACAGCACGUAAUUGAUGAAGCAUUCUUCCGUGUAGUAGUUUCUGUCACCGUGGGCUAUAUAUUGCCUGUCAGGCCUUGUUCAUUUCUUCAGAAUCUUCAGUCUUCCGAGCGUCUCGCGCGUUUGAUUUGAACCACUUGGCGCUGCCUGACGGUACUCCUCACCCCAACCCGAGUUUCCCUGUCACCGGCGGGGCGGCGAGGCGAUCACUGCGAGUCUCCCACCACCGCCUCCACGUUAACAUGGCGCAGCAGGCUGCUGCACCGGCGAGGCCUGCGGGCCCCACCAGGCUUGUCUACUUCGAUGAUAUGGGAGCGCUCCGCUACUCCGCCACCGUCCUCUCCGUCCACCAGGAGGACGGCGGCCGGGUAGCGGUGGUGCUGGACGCCACAGUCUUCCACCCGCAGGGCGGCGGCCAACCGGCGGACACGGGCGUCAUCUCCGCCGGCGGAGCCAGGUUCCUCGUCGAGGAUGUGCGGGCGAAGGACGGAGUGGUUUUCCACUAUGGAAGAUUUGAGGGCACGGAACAAGGAUGUGGGAUUGGAUUUAAAGAGGGUGAAACCGUUAGCUUGGAGGUCGACGCAGAACGGCGCAGCUUUAAUUCAAGGCUUCAUUCUGCUGGGCAUUUGUUGGACAUCUGUGUCCACAAUGUAGGCCUCUUUCAUCUGCAACCUGGGAAAGGCUACCAUUUUCCUGAUGGAGCGUUUGUUGAGUAUAAGGGAGUAAUUCCUCCAGAUCAAAUACCGGUUAAGAAAAAUGAACUGGAAAGGGAAGCCAAUAGGCUAAUUUCAGAAGGAGCGAAGGUCUUAGCUUCUGUUUUUCCUUAUGAGGAGGCAGUGAUAUUAUGCGGAGGUUCUCUGCCUAGUUACAUUUCAAAGGAUAGCACUCCUCGCAUUGUGAAGUUCGGGGAUAAUCCUGGUGGUCCUUGCGGUGGUACUCAUGUUGCUGACAUUUCAAUCAUCAAUAGCCUUAAGGUAACAAACAUAAGAGUGAAGAAAGGCCUCACGAAAGUCUCAUACAGCAUCAGCCCAUGAUCUUCUUCCAGCAGCUGCAACAGACACCAGGAAUUUAUCGGAGCGAGAAUUAUUAAUUGAAUUAGAAGGCUGUAAUUAGUUUUGUGGCAUCACAUGUAUACGCAGGGGACAAAUAAAUAGUUUCACUGUAGUAAUUUUAUGACUGCUACUUCCCUGUCCCACUACAAGUGUUGUUUUUUAGUUUUCGAUUUCUUAUUUAA